CCGAUAGAGGGCAGCACAGCAACAUUUAGAAGGAGAAGAAGAAGACUCAAAAGACGCGGAAGUUUGCUUGUUUUCAUAAAAUCUGAUGUGAAAGUGGAGAAAACUGAGAUCGAAUGUGAACCGGUCGCCUGAAAAGGGAGUUAUUGUUUUAGUUUGAGUUGAAAUGUCGAACUUUAAGGAAUCGAUCGAUGCUUUAAGUCGCGUUUAUGAGCGAUAUACGGAGUUUGUUUGGAGGAAUCCUGCAGCUACCGCUCAGCUGGAGAACACGGUCCGAACCCUGUCCUACCUGAUAGCAGGGCGCUUCGCUGAUUCUCAUGAGAUUUCUGAGCUUGUCUACUCUGCCUCCAACCUGCUGGUCCUGUUCAACGACAGCAUCCUGCGUAAAGGCCUGCGAUGCGCCUUCUCCACGCCUCUGUCCCAGCAGAGACUCCUCACCUGGCUGUCAGUCCUGGAGUACGUGGAGGUUUUCCUGGAGAUGGGAGCCGGGAAGCUGUGGGGGGAGGCGGGCCGCUGGCUGGUCAUCGCUCUCAUUCAGAUUUUCAAAGCCGCUUUUCGUCUCGUUCUUCUUCUGCUGCACAAAUCCGGCCUGCAGACUUCACCUCCCAUAAUCCCCCUGGACAGAGGGUCCGAAUACGUUUCUGGAGACGAGCUCAACGGAGAGGAUGAUGCCUGCUUUGUGGGUCAAAGGUCAGGCCGUGUAAUCAGACCUCUGGGCAGCGCUCCGCCCCUGCAGAGCCGGCUGUGGGGCGCGGCGGCGGCGACGGCGAGGAGGAGCAGCCUGAAGGAGAGCCGCCCGCCGACCCAGCUCAGCUUCCAGGAGACGCUGGCCGAGUCGGUUUACAUCAGCCGGCCGCUGGUUCACCUCUUGUGUCUGGGAGUUUGUGGGAAGCGGUCGUGGAAGCCGUGGCUCGUCUCCGCCGCCCUGGAGCUUUCCAGCUUCGCCGUCCUCAGCGACGCCAAGCUGGAAAACCGAUGGGAGAAAGCCGAGAUGAAGAGGCGGGCCUUCCUGUUGUGCUACUACCUGCUGCGCUCGCCGUUCUACGACAAAUUCUCUGAAGAAAAGAUCGUUUUCCUGCUCAGACUUCUGGCGGAUCACGUUCCGGGAAUCGGACUCGUGGCGCGCCCUCUGAUGGAAUAUCUCCCCACCUGGCAGAAGAUCUACUUCUACAACUGGGGAUAAGCGUCCCGACUGGAUCCCGACUGGAUCCCGACUGGAUCCCAACGGAUCCCACUGGACUAACAUUCCCACUGGAAAAGGAAACAUUAAAUUCCAGACUUUGCUCAGACUGAAGUUGUGUUUCUGAUCCGGUUUGGCGGACAGUGGCGCGGUCGGCCAUUGGGCCUUUUCUCCAUUCCUGCAGCCUGUGAUUUAUGCUGCGUUGCCAUGGUAACGACGUCGGAUGAUUUGUAGCGGGACGGCACAGAUUUGCUCCGUCCUGCAGGUCGGAGAGCGGCGACGCUUCCCCAGAACCGCUGCUCCUCCUCCAAUCAUAGAAAACUGUAACGUGAAUCUUUUCCCUGCAGAAAUAAAAUCGCGGCUGUGAAGAGAAACGAGAAACUUUGAGGGUUUUCCAUCUUUAUUGACAGACUGGACACGGUUCUUUUUGUAGCCUACAAAUAAAUAUCUUGAUCCUUUCAGUCCA